AUGGAUAUUUCGAAGCUUACCGAAGUCAAAAAAGUAGAUUUAUGUAAAAAAUACUUCUUAAUCGGAGCGUGUUUCUUGCCUCUUGUAUGGGUCGUGAACACAUUUUGGUUCUUUUCCGAUGCAUUCUGUAAACCGAUCAACUGUCAUCGGCGUCAAAUUCGAAAAUAUGUUAUUGGAAGUAUCAUUGGAUCAGUGUUCUGGAUUAUACUUCUCUCUUCAUGGGAGAUUUUCUUUCAGUACUAUCGAGCUCAAGGAUUGGUUUGGACCGACUAUUUGACAUUCGUUUUUCCGUCUGGAAGAGUAUGA